AUGUCGGAGAUUUUGUGCGAGUGGCUGAACGAGGAGGUGAAGCUCUCCCGGAGCGUGGUUCCAGGAUCAUUUUCAGAAGAAUUUUCUACUGGCUACCUCCUAGGAGAACUUCUACACAAAUACGGUCUUCAGGAUGACUUUAAUCAAUUUUCACAGAGCAGGGUUGCAAAUGCAAAACUUAACAAUUUUUCUCGCCUGGAGCCCACGCUUCACCUCCUUGGUGUACAGUUUAAUGAGAACGUGGCCCAAGACAUCAUGACAGGACAGCAUGGGGCUGCAACAAAGCUUUUAUACGAAUUGUAUAUUGCUUUAGAAAAAAAGAGAAAGGCAAAGCUCACUGGAGUAGCCAUGGAAGCAAUGAGACCUGCAGCAACUGCAAAGCUUAAGUCUAUUGAAAGUGUUUUGUAUCGAGAGCGUUUGAAAACUUUAACACCACGUCAGACUGAUUUGCAGCUACAGCAGAUUUCAGAGCAUUUUGAAAUAAAAUCUAAGGCAACAGAAGAUAAAAUAGCUCGUAUACAUAUUGCAGAACAACAGAAAGUUCAGAAGCUCCAAGAGGAACAAAGAGCCCAAGACAUUGAAAAGCAUCGCAUAGGAAGAAGGAGACAAAAUGAAAUAAUGGCCAGGAUUCAAGCAGCCAUUAUACAGAUUCCAAAGCCACCACCAAGCCACACCGUAAAAGCUAUUGAAGCUAAAAAAUUAUUAAAGAAGAAAAGAGAAGCAGAGGACACAUACAAGGAGAUUAAAAAGUUUGAGAAGUCUAUGGAAGGAAAUGCCUCUGCAGUACACAGCCAAGUCACUGAUAGCAAUAUACAAGAAUCAUUGCAAACACAGAAGUUGCAAGAAACAACUCUAGAAACUACAGCACAGACAGCAACUGAGCUGUUAAAUAUUUAUUCAGAUGAUGAAUAUAUAAGGAAAAUUCAAAAACGUUUAGAGGAAGAUACGUUUGCUAGAGAAGAACGAGAAAAGAGACGACGAAAAAUGCUAAUGGAACAGUUAAUAGCACAUGAAGCUGAAGAGGAGGCUUACCGGGAGGAGCAGCUUAUUUACAGACUAAUGAGACAAUCUCAGCAGGAGCGGAGGAUUGCUGUUCAACUCAUGCAUGUUCGACAUGAAAAAGAGGUGUUAAGGCAAAACAGAAUUUUCAGGGAAAAACAGUAUGAAGAAAGACGACUGAAAGAGUUCCAAGAAGCUCUUGAUAGAGAAGCGGCUCUUGCAAAACAAGAAAAAAUUGAUUAUGGAGAACAAAUUAUCAAAGAAAGAGAACAUCAUGAGAAAAUUGCUGUUGAAAGAGCUCAGGCACGUUAUAAAAAGCAUUAUUCUAUAUGUUGGGAAGUCAUCGACCAAAUCAUUGAUUUGUCAACAAAAGUGGGAGAGUAUCGUCUACUGACAAACAACAGAAUUCCAUUAAAACUGAUGCUUGAUUGGAAGGAAUUUUUUUUUAAUGGAAAACCAAUGUAUGAACAAGCCUCAAUUCAACCUUUGCCAAAUGAACCAAGCCCAGAACAACUUGUAGAGCUGAAUAAAAUGAAUCUGUUAGAUGAAAAAGACUAUGGUGAAUACAAGAGUAUGACAGGGGAAUGGUGCCCAACUGAAGAGAACAGUGAAAACAAACCUCCUCUUAAUAAUAACAUAUUGGGUCAUGUGCUUCGUAGACUGAUGGAGAUUUUCUAUCCUCCAAAACCCAAAUCUUCACCACCUGUAUUUCCUCCAUUUCCUAUCAAGGGAUGUAUUUUGGGAAAACCUUUUAGUGGAAAAACUACCUGUGUAAAGUUUAUUGAAAAAGUUUGCAAUGUUCAGGUACUAUCUGUUGAUACUCUGGUUCAGGAGGCCAUCCAAGCUUUUCUUAAAAAUGAAAUGAAAAGUGAACACAACAUGAUUCCACAAGAAGCAGAGAGUCCUGGGGAACAAAAUGAGGUCCAGAAGAACUUGUCAAAAUCACCACUGAAAGUUCUAAAGAAACUGCAAACAGAAACACCUAUCAAUGAAACCAAAGGCCAUUGUCCUGUCAAAAAGGAUCCAUCUGGGCAAGAAUUUAAAUCAGAUAACAGUCAGGAUGGCCUAUCCAAGCUAUCUGUACGUGCCCAGCUUGGCGCCGCAUCACAGAAAUUGUUGAAGAAAGGAAAAAGUAUUCCCGAUGAAUUACUAAUUGACAUCCUAUUGGAAGCCAUUAACCAAACACCACCAGAGAAGGGGUGGAUUGUGGAUGGGUUUCCAAUGACAAUUAAUCAGGCAAAGCUAUUUGAAAAAGCCUAUACAGGGAUUGAUCCAGAAGCAAAAGAUGAAAAUUCUGGAAAGCUCACACUUGUUACAGAUUCCAGAGUCCCUAACAAGCCUCCUGUUACCUCACCUGCAUUUGAUGUUUCUGUAUUAUUGGAUAUUUCAGACACUGGGGUACUGAAACGUGUGGCUAACUUGAAGUCAGAUAAAUCAAAGUCAUCUCAAACUGAACAGUACAAUCAAAAUUCAGAUGCUGAAAUCCUAGAAGAGAAUAUUGACUUGGGCAGGGACCAGGUGCUACAUAGAAUUUCAGGCUUUCUAGACACAUGGCCAAAAUUAGAGAAAUGGUUUUCAGUCCAUCAAAAUAUUCUAGUGAAAGUCAAUGCAGAGACAGAAGAAAGUCUCAUGUGCGAAACAGUGAAGGAAAUUAUAAUGGAAGAAAUUGCCAAAAACCAGAAUAGAAGGUCUGCUCAAGAAAUAUCACCAGGAAAAAAACUUUUACCAGUUACACGUCAAGAUCUGCUUCCUACUAUUCCUGUGGCACAACCACCAAUUGAACCAGGAUCAGAAGAGUGGAUUUAUGUAGAUGAACCACUUCCCAAGGAGAUACCUGGUUUUUUAGUACCUUACUGGGAAAUGGUAGAAAACACAUAUAUGAAUACCAUCAAAACUAUACUUAGAUGUCUAAGGGAUGAACAGCAUUCUGUGAUUUAUUACUUAGCAGACAUUAGAAAAAAAUUCCAAGAUUAUUUGAAGCAUCCAGAUCUUAAGCAGGAGUUUGUAUCUCAGUGGCAAUCAGAUUUUAAUUCAAUUGCUGAUGACCUGCGAGAAGAUGAGGAAACAAAAGCAGAACUACACCAAAGAGUUACUGACCUAAGAGAUCUUCUCUGGGAUAUCUGUGAUAACAGAAGGGAAGAAGCAGAGCAGGAACGUACUGAUGUCAUGAAUGAUGGCUGGUUACCUGAUCUUAAGGGGAUUGCAAUGAACCAUUUCUUUUCACUUAUGCAGGUUGAAGUGGAUCGUUUCCAAGAUACAAAGAGACUUCUUCAUGACUAUUAUAGGGCAAUGGAAGGAAAAAUCCCAACAGAUGAUGGUCAAGAUUUUAUUAGAAUCCCUUUGUUAGAUAUUAUUGAUGUAGAGCAGAAAGAAGAUCAAAACAAAUCAAGAAGGAUUCCUCUAGUUUCUUGGAAACCGCCUUCACCAGAAAUAAAUAUUACCAAGUCAAAAAGCAAGGCAAUUCUACAGAAGAGUGCUAAGGAUGAGAAUUCUGAAAAUGGAGUGGCCACUUCUGGGAAAGAUGAAAAUCUUAUUACUGAUACAUGGCAAACAGCAGUAACAGCAGUAUCAAAUAUGGUAACAGCUGAAAUACAGUCUAGACAAAUGGAGGAAGAAAAAGAAUGUCAGCAGCUAGAACUGAAAGAAGAUCUGAAAUCGUCACAGACACUGUCAAGCAAAGCUACUGGGAAAGAUGCCAAAGAUGCCAAAAAGCUUUCUGCCAAAUCAGCUACUAAAAAGAAAGGACCACCUCCUACCACACCUGUGGUUGAAGUCAGUCCAGUUCCUAUAACCCCAGAAGAAUUAAAGAAACAAGAACUGACACUUAAAAUAAAGCAAGAAUAUUUCGGUGCAUUGAAACAUGAGGAGCUAGCCGCAAAAUCUCGAUUAGAACUCAUAAAAGAAAAAGCUUUAGCAUUUGUUGAAGAGCUAACAAUGAAAGCAGAAGAGGCUUAUAAAGAUAUGGAAAAGUGGCUUGGAUCCAGGUUCUUGGCGGAAAUGUCCAGUGUUGAAAAGCUGAUUGAGGUUGCACGACAUCAUAUUGAGAGUUCUAGCAAAAUCCAAUACGAAAUUACUUUAGAAGAAACAGAUUUCUUCAUCAGCAGUGAUGUAAAAGUGAUUCCUGAUCCUGUUCCUUCACCACAUGUUCCACACAUAGAGACCUCUGGAAAUGGUACUCUAACUAUUUCACAACUUACUACACUUCAUAAGCAGUUUCUACAGGUGGCACCUAAAGCCAUAAAAGCACUGAAGCAAUUUAAAAGCAAGAAUAAUUCUUCUAGCAAGAGAGAAGUUGGUGACAAAGAGAAAGAGAAGAAAGAUUUGGAACAUCAGAGAACAAAGAGGAAUCGCCAGUUUCCAAAAAUAUGGCUAACAAAAUACUCCUGGUUAAAAUAUGAUGAUGAAAGGGGAAUAAUGUUUUGUGCACCAUGUCGUAAGCAUAAUGUGGAUUUGGGGGAAAACAUUCAUAAUUUUUGUUCAGGCACUGAUGACUUCAAACUUGAAUUUAUAAAUACACACCAGAGUAGUGAAGCUCAUGCCUGGGCUACCUGCAUGGAAGCUGCCAGUACUGCUUCACCAGAUACAGCUUCUACUGAGCAGAUAUUGAAGAGCAUGAACUCCAUAACAUUAGGUAGAGUAGAAAAUAUUUUUAGAACAUGCCAUGCUAUUGCUAAAUCUGGUCGUCCCUUUACAGACCUUGACUGGAUGUGCAAACUAGAUGACAUGAAAGGAGUGGAUAUUGGUUCUGUAUUUAGAAAUGACAAGUCAGCAAGAAUGUUUACACAUUUUAUUGCUGAAGUAGAAAGAAGAGCUUUGAAAGAGAAACUGGAGAAAUGUAAAUUCUUUUCUGUUAUUAGUGAUGGAGUCACAGACAGUAUAUUCAAAACAGCUGCAGUUGUCUACGUACGCUUUGCAAAUGAAGGAAAGGUCCAUUGCCAGAUUGUUGGGGUUCAACCUGUUCACAAACCUGACGCUUCAACUAUAAAAAAUGCAAUUGAGGAAACGUUACAAAUAAAUCUUCAGCUCAGUCUGGCAAGCCAAGACUGGUCAAGAAAAUUAGUUGGGUUUGGAAGCGAUGGGACAGAUGUCAUGGUAGGAGAAAACAGUGGGGUAGCUAAACUUCUGAGGGAAAUUCAGCCUUGUGUACAGUCUGUGCAUUGUUUUGCUCACCGCCUAAAGCUGGCUUAUAAAGGAGCACUGAAAAAUAUUCAGCUAUACAACAUCUUAAGCAAUGUCUUGAGAAAUAUGUAUUAUUUUUAUCGUAACUCACCUCUAAAUAAGAAUAAUCUCAAAGCCACGUAUGAAACCAUUAAGUUACGCCCAGCUAUUCCUUCUCGCAUUGGAGGCUCCCAGUGGCUUCCUCGUCUACAAACAGCUCUACAAAUUCUCCUUAAAGGUUAUCCUGCAAUUGUUCUACAUCUGAGUAAGAUUGAAAGAGAUUCAAGAGCAUCAAACCGGCAGAAGGUCAAAGGCCUUUUACACCUGCUUCUGAGAAUGGAGAUAGUCAAGUUUUCUCACUUCUUGUUGGAUGUCAUCAAUGUCCUCAACAUUCUGUCACGUGUUACUCUGGAUCACAACUCCUCCAUUGCAGACAUAUUUGCAACUGUGCAGUCAACGCUGGAAACACUCCACAUGUAUCAAACAAGAGCUGGUCCAAAGGAACGCCUGAUGGAGACCAUUCAGCACUUUCAUGGUUACCAACUUGUUGGAAAUGGAAAUAUUUCAGCAGUACGAUCCAAAGUACUAAGUAAUUUGGUGAAGAGGCUACGUGAUUGUUUUUGUGAUGCAGAUCAAGAUGUUUUGAGAGCAACUACUAUUGGAAGUUUUAAACUGUGGCCUGACAAAAUGAAACAAGAAUUUGGUGAAAAGGAAGUGUCUGUCUUGACUAAACAUUAUGAAGUCAUACUAGAAGCUGCUAGUGUGAAAACAGGUGAAGUAGAAACUGAAUGGAGCAUGUUGAAAUUAGAGCUGUAUAACAGAUUUCAGAACAUCCAGACCUUGACAUGGGAUUCAGUGAACUCAGAUUAUUCAAAGAAGUAUCCCAACAUCCUGACAUUGGUAGAUUUGAUCCUAACUCUGCCGGCAAGCUCAGCUGAAACAGAGCGAGGCUUCAGCCAAGAAACUCACCAUGAUGCAUUUGCACUCUAA